CCUUCAUUUACAACCCUCUUUCACUUGCAGCCCUCUUUCACUUGCAGCCCUCUUUCACUUGCAGCCCUCUUUCAUGGAUCAACUGUCAUCUGUGGAUCCAAUGAGCACCAUGGAUAUUGUGAUCCAUCUAAAUGAGGAAAGGUCAUUCACUUUCUCGUCUUUUCUUGCUUGUGACAAGCUCGAGUUAUCCCGCAAGCAACUAGUGGAGAUUCAAAACCUACUGCAUGUACUACAGGAGUAUGCUCUAGGCUUGCUGAAGAACGACACCAGCCAGACAGGCGAAUCCUCAUGCGAGGCCGGAAACAGUUGCGAAUUAAUCGCUGCUGGAGAGACAAAGAUAUUUUCAAAGGAAACUGUGGAGUUUCUAGAAACUCUCGAUGAAACAGCCAAAAAAAUCACCGCGGCGGGGCCGCAGCUGUCCUCGUGGAUUGGCUCCAACAAAAACCGCAUUACAAUGCUGGGAAAGGCGACCGCCACAUCUAUACGAACGUAUAUUAAGAAGGGCAUUCACAACCUGCAACCAAUAACAAAUCAUUACACCAACAGAGCCCAUCAAGUUGACUCAAUACUUUGGCUCAUAACUAACUAUGUCGGGCCGGCACAUGCUCUGCUCGUGAUCUGUAGUUACCCCGCAAAGUCGCUGAAAACUACUUCUUCGGAAAAUUUAAUAUCCAUCUUGAUAUAUUCCAUUCGGCACAAAGACUCGCUGCGUUGUGAACCACUGGAAAUCGAGGCAAGACUUUUAUUAUCAGAAAGCUCUUCGACUCUCACCGGCAAUUCUUACAUAUCUGGGAUGAAAGAUAUAGCCCUUUUGAACGAUGUUGCGACCGAGGAACGUGAUGUUAACACACCUGGAUCAGAUCGCAGUGCAAAGAGGAGGCGAAUCGAACAGCCCUUCGGGACACCGUGCUCUACCGCACCUCCUGAAGAUGUUCCUCCUCCAUCCGCUCCGGCUUUACAAUUGUUGAACUUUCUGGCUGCUUUUGGGAAGUAUGGGGUACCACAACUAUUGUUCGAAAGAUUGGGUUGUCCUCAAUGGCGUUGGAACGAAUAUGGAGUUCCAAUUCGCGCGUCGUUCGAUGUGGAAUCUACUGGCCUACUCAGUGGGCUUUCGGAGCCUAAGUGCUUUGAUGAGAUGAUACGGGAAUUACUCUCCUUCUCGUGGAUCCGUCUCGAAGAUUACGAGAUUGGUUCCGGAAAGUCAUAUUGCAUCACAGCCCAGGCCCACCAAAUGGAUCCCUUACUUCUUACCUCGGGAAACUGUCACCCUUGGUCGAUUCUCGCCCUGAAAGUUGUGUGUCAUGUUUUUCCUCGCGACCCUAUUCUUGAUCGAAGUUUCUGGAAAGAUGGCAGGGUUCUCACUCCUAUUGUUGAUCAGUUGUACAACGUACGCAAGCCAAAUAAGCUACCGCUGUCAAAUUCGACAAAGCUCGAGUUAGCUGAGGUCCUCAUUGCAAGAGCCCGACUGGGCUCCUCACUUCUCCAUAUGGAAUUACUCGACAAUGCCGUCAAGCUUCUUGGCGAUCAGAUUCCCUGCCAUUUACAAGUUUCCAUUAUUCUCCGGCGAAGUCAGAUUGCACGAUUACAAGGGGAUUUCUCUCUCUCCGAAAAGUUGGUUGCUUUCUUUCAAAAUUGGUCUCAAUACAUUGAAGUGGACUCUGCGCGAAUGCGCACACUCAAACGUUUGAUACUGCUGUCUCAUUUGGAAAAUCUCAUACAACUUGGACACUCUGCUCGAGCCAUGCGAGAGAUGGUUGUCUUAAAUAACUUAUGGCCGAUUCAGACGACGGAAAGUUCGCCCUUGGAGUUGUCUAUCGCUGUUCAAAGGUUGUCCACGGUCUCUAAACUCCAUCAGUCCAUUGGCCAUCUGGAGGAAGCCACUGUCCUCCUAAUGGGUUAUUAUCCUGUCCUUUCUCAAAGUGAAAAAAAUGGGAUCGACCCCAAUCGCUUCCAAAUCAUCUGCCGAUUGGCUGAUCUUCUCUGUGUAGAAGGCCGUUCAGAGCUUGCACGUUCGAAGAUUGAGCUGGAAAUCAAGACCAUUUCUCUUUGUGAACAUCGCCGAUUUUCCAGAGCUCGUAGACGCUUGGAAAUAUCCCUGAUUGAUGUCAAAAUUGCCGAAGCCAUACAUGCUCAAGUGACAACAGACAUCUCCAAACACAAAUAUGACCAAAUUUUAGGUGAUAUUGAGAACUUGAAAAAUGAACUUCAAGAAUUUGAAGCUGUCUCAGAUCUGGAUAUUGUGGACCGGUGGAUGCGCGUACGAUUACUUGUCGCGUCUGCACGAGUCUUGCUUCUACAGGAGCGUUUCACAGAUGCCGAAAAGGAGUGGGCAGAAGUUCUCUUGCGCAUAGGAAAUUAUCCCGGUACCUUCGGACAACAAGGGUUUUUCUCCGGGGUUUGUCACCUCUCUAUAUUCUUUGCGCGGGCUCAGGCUAGUAGUAGGGGUCUUUACAUGGGCACCUGUGGUUUCACUGAUGAUUGGACAACCGUCAAGAAGAAAGAAUUGGAAGAAAUCUGUUCUAUUCUUGCGCGAGAGGCUGUGAGCUACUGGAUUCCCACACUUACCAAGAAUUUCUUACCCAAUCUGUUGUCUCAGAUAGCGACGGAAUACCCUCAACUGACCGAGGGAAAUGAUGACUUCCUCAUAACGCGAGAAAAAUUCUCCUGUCAUACAUCACCUAGGGUCUGAAAGCUUUUCUUUCAAUGUGGUGGACAAUCAACUUCUGGCUGUCCUUUGCUCUCAUUUUCAAUGGAGUUUCUUGAAUUACCUUAUAGUUAAAUCAAACAUCAAACAUUUUUAUUAAUACCAGGCGGAUUUCACUCCAG